AAUGACGUUUGACAACCUUAUGUUAAUAACGAUUUUUAGAAUCGUUGUGAAGCAAAAUUUAGUUUCAGUCUAAAAUAAAGUAAUUUUCGAGAAAUUGAAUAUAGCACUCAAAGACCUUACAAUAAUGUCCAGCCCAGAGUUAGACGAAGCUUCGCAAUCGGUGAUAGAUUUUUUAAACGCAAAUGUUAGAAAGAAAGACGAAAAUAAUAUAACCAACGAAUUGAAAAAGGACUUUUUGCUGGCCAAAAAGAAAAGUAAAGAAAAAAAGAGAAAGCCUAACAAAAAGAAAUCUAGAAUACUAGGACGGAGGGAGAGGAAAAAACUGGGUUUCUACACAAUACAGAGAAACACUAUGAAGUAUAAUGAAAUGACGCCAUUAAAUAAAGUGUGGUGUGAAUAUAUGAGUCAGUUGCUAGAGCUGGAUCAGCCUGUGCCAGACUAUAAUAGCAAAAAUUGGGAACAGUUCUCACAGACAUUACAUAAGGCCGAUUUUCAUGGUAGUUACAUACAAGUUGUCCGAUCUAAGUGCCCUUCUUAUGUUGGUAAAAAAGGUAUAUGCAUAAUGGACACCAGAAACACUUUUAAAAUUCUUUCCUCAGACAAUAUUCUAACAACAAUACCAAAAAAGGAUAGCAUAUUUGAAUUUUGUGUCAAUGAUAUUAAAAUUAUGAUACUUGGUAAACAUUUAUGUAUGAAACCUGCCGAUAGGUCGGCAAAGAGAAUCAAGAGCUACUUAGAACCUGAUUUACCAUAAUAAACUUGUAACAAAAUAAAAAAAACUUUUUUUUUAAAUUAUAAUUUUUAAUUAUAUACAAUUUCAUAAUAAACACCUCUAACUAGUGUACAAUUAUAUGACGGGAGCUGUACCAUAGAUAGGAUUAUUGUGAAAUACAAUUGGUUAAACAUA